UGUGUGUGUGUGUGUGUGUGUGUGUGUGUUUGUCUCUGCGGUGGAGCUAUCCAUACAAAUAUUUGGUCCGAUCAUUGUUUGCCCUUUGGUUGUAUAAAAUAUGAGUAAAGAAGUGUGUACGUGUCAAUGAUUAACCAACAUGAUUAAUCAACUCAAAGAACCACAACUUGUUCUGUGAUUGAAGGUACUGCAACCAUGUUAGCCACACACACACACACACACACACACACACACACACACACACACACACACACACACACACACACACACACACACACACACACACACACUUGUGAAAUGUAACAAAUUGUAACACUCAAAUAAGGUCAACAAGAGUUGUAAUUUGUGUCUGUAGUAUUUCAUGCAGAGUGAACAUAAACCUGGAGCUGGAACCAGUCGUAAAGGCCAUUUCCAGUCGCGGUUCGAGCUGUAACAACCGCACCAGAACGACCAAUUUCUAAGAAACAUUUUUAAUAAAUGUCACCUGACGCUGGCUCGCACUGAUUUCGUCACUUCACGUAUAAAAACUCACCCACUAAAAUGAUAUGGCCAGGAGAAAAGUUUUGUUUUAGGAAAAAGUUGUAGGAUUAUUUAGUCAGUAAAAGUAGCGUAUGUCAUGUGACCUCUGACUUUAAAUGCAAAUAAGCCCAGUUCAUUGAACAAUUUAGUGAGUACAAAGGUACACUUGAAUAACUGCAUGAGAAAUUAGCAAAUGGUUUAAAAUAUCAUUUUGAAAACAUAAAUUGAAGAUUUACAAAGUAUUUACAGAUUAAUAAUGCUGUAAUUCAUGAAUACUGUAGUUCAGGUAGUUGAAACCCAUUAGUUAUAUUUUGCAAUGCUUUCUAACUACAUAAACUAAUCAUGAAUUGUAGCCUUAUUAAGUGUUGAUGAAGCAUUGUCCAAACCUAGUCGUUAUUUUUUACUAAUAAUUACUGGUUUGAAGUUACCGCCAGUUAUUCUAUAAAAAGACAGUCAGUGACCUAUCUGCACGGAGCAGAAAUACGAGUGUUUGGAUAAACGGAUUCCUUGCAGUGGUUUCAAUGACAGGAAAAGCCAUGGGUUGGUAGAUGUUUUUGCAAUACUCAUUGUAUUCAUAGUAGACCACGCAACACACACACACACACACACACACACACACACACACACACACACACACACACACACACACACACACACACACACACACACACACACACACGCGCGCUUUGUCGCUUCGUUGAAACGUUGGCAGAUUCCAUACUGAAUACCUAUUUCUUCUGGGUCAUUGUAAAUCCUCAACAACAAACCCCACUAGUGUUAGUCCCUGCAGGGUUUCAUAGCUGCCUUACACUUUCACACAUGCGUAUUACCGUAUGCAAUCCUCAUAGACAUGGGCGUCAAUAACUAGGCAAUGAUGUACCAGCCACUAGAAAUACACCUUGCUUCUAUGCCUGUAUAUAAAUUAAAUCAAUACAGGCUAAGUAAACUCAACAACAUAAAAUACUUUAUUGAUGACAACUACGCUACUAUGUGUAGGCCUACAUGUUUAUCGCAAUCAUUAUGCAGUUAUACGCAAUACGAACGAUUGAAUCAACAAUGUUAAGACCAUAUGUAAAUAUCUGAAUAGAAUUACAAGUAUUUAUUGGAUGAAACGUUUGUUGUAAAUAUAUUUGUCCCAUCCACCACCAACCAUUUUGGGUCUUGGGUUAUUUGGUGUCUGGCAUAGGAAGUGGAGACCGCGUUAGUUUCCUGCGCAGCGCCCGCUCGCUCCGCCUGUAGUUACGGGCUCGAGCCCCAGUCCACACAGAGAGCCGAGGAGAGCUACAGCGUACUAGGUUGACGAGCGAAGAAAAUGGCGAUUAUGCAGGACAAAUGCCUCCCCUCGUAGAUGCUGCGAAUGCGUUGAAAUUUCUUUAGCCUUACAGCCGGCUUUCAUUUCCACUCUGUUGCACUUUAUACUUUUUGAGAGAUUUGGAUUUGGAAGCUGUGGCCACCAAAGAAACUGAAGAGUCAAAACAGGGAACUCACUCACAGUGGCUGGAAGAGAGACAAAGAGUGACGAGGAAGGAGCAUAAGACUACACAGAAGUGGACAACAGUGCCAGAUCAUAUCAAGUCCAGGCAGAGUCCCAACUCCCGCCGACACACCCACCACUCUGCGCACACACUUAACACACAUUCAAGGUCUCACAAACACUCACACACACACACGCGUGCGCACACACUCAAAACAACAAUUCCUCAGCGAUGCCAAGAGGGCCUGCUCAGCUCGCUGCCUGCUCCGACAAGCGCCGCCCCCUCUUCUCCGACCCCUGAGGCCGACCCUCUUGAGCUGUGACCCUUCUGACCCAACCCCGUCGCCCUGGGAACGAGAGGUCCGUUCUCCUCCCAGCCGCCAGGGGGCGCCCUCGCGCCGACACGGGAGCAAGCCGCUCUUAAAAACAUGGCUCCCAUUCGGGACUCCGUCAGCCACUCCCCUAAUCAAACAGGUCUGGAGCACCCCGGCCUGGACUCUCAGUAUGAGCCGUCCCCCUGGUCGACUGGCUCUCCCUGCGGCGGCGACGGCAACAGCAACUGGGACGCGGUCCUAGUGGAGGGCAGCGCCGACAAGCCCAGCAACCUCUCCUCCACCAACUCGUCCGUCUGGCCCUCCUCCUCCUCCUCCUCCUCCUCCUCGGGCUGCGGCUCGGGGUCGGACCCCGAGCUGGCGUCGGAAUGCAUGGACGCCGACUCUAGCUCCCCGCUGGGCUCCGAGAGGAACCUCGCCGCCGUCUCCACGACGACGGCGGCCAUGAUGUCACUGGCCAACGCCUCCGCCGCGUCGUCCUCCUCCGCCGCCGCCGCCCCCUCCUCCGUGACCACCGCCGCGGCGAGCGCGCUGGUCAACGGCGACGGCAACGCCAACAGCAGGCAGACCUCGGGCGGCGCCCACAACGGAAACAACAACAACAACCCGUGCGGCCCCUCCUCCCACUACUCCAUGGCCGGCGUCGGCAGCAACAACGCCGUCGGCGGCGGCCAGGGCAACAGGCUCGUCGGGAGCAGCGUGUGGGGGGCGCAGCCCGCCGGGAACCCUUCCGACGGCGGCGGCCUGAACCCCAGCACUUUGAACCCCCUCGCCAACCACGGUGCCUGGUCCCGCAGCCCGACCCCGAACCCGGCGCCGUGCCCGGGCCAGCGGCCGCCCCAGGCCCCGGGCGCGGCCUCCAAAUCAGGCGCCGCGCCUCCCCACGACGGAUGGGGCGACAUGCCAGCUCAAGGAGCCUGCGGCCCGAUGGACGAGGGGCAGGGUCGCGGUACGGCGACGGGCGGCGGCAGUGAUGGCCAGCAGCCCCCCCACCCUCACACUGAAUCCAACGGACCAAAUAACACUAUGAUGUUGAAUACUACUACGACCACGACUACUAACGCAACAGGAACCUCUAGUCUACCAAACUCUACCGGCGACGGGCCCUGGGGCUCGGCCCCGGGGGGCGCCGGGGGUCCGCUCCCCAACGGCCCCCCGACCCCGGCCCCCCACGGAGAAACGGCGCGGGGUCCCGGGGCCUUCGGUACGCCCUGGGGCGCCCCCACCCACCCGGGCGACAAAGGUCCCGCCGGCCCGGACACUGUGAACCCCCAACACCAGGCCGGGCCUCCCGCCGCUCACAAGAGUUACCACCACGCCGGGGCCCCCCGCUGGGAGCAGGGGCCCGGCAGCAGCCCCGCCCCCGUCCCGAGCGGCAUGCCCUGGGGGAGCGCCUCCAGUCCGGCGCCCGGCCCGGCGGGACAGGGCCCCCGGCCCUGGGGCGGCGGCGCCUCUUCCUCGUCCUCGUCCUCCUCCACCUCCUCCGGCUCCCACAACAAGACGACCAACGGGGAGUGGGGCGCCAUGCCCCCCGGGAACAACCACGCCGCCGCCGCCGACGCCGGCGUCCGCAAGGCCAGCUCCUCCAACAACGGCUGGAAGAGCCUGGAGGACGACGCCCUGGGCGUGGGCGCCGGGGGCCCCCCUGCGGCCCCGGCCCCCGGCGCCUGGGGCCGCUCCGGCGGCAGCGAGGGCAGCGGCGAGAGCUCCGGGGGCCGCUCCGGCAGCGACAAGGACGGCCAGCCCCGGGGCCCCAACCGGCGGAGGCCCCCCCCUCCGGCCGCCGCCCCGCCGCCCCCACCGGCCCGCGCCGACGUGGACCCCCGGGUGCUGUCCAACACCGGCUGGGGCCAGACGCCCGUGCGCCAGAACACCACGUGGGACGUCAACUCCCCCGCCAGCCACCCGCCGCCCGGCCCCCGAGGGGAGGACAGGAAGCCCGGCGGCGGGGGGUCCGGGUGGGCCGGGGGGCAGCCAGCGGGCCCCUCCCAGACCAGCUCCGGAGGUUGGAGGGAGGGACCCGGGAACUCGGGCCCAGACAAGGGGGGCCCGGGCUGGGGAGAACCCAGGCCCAACCCCGGCUGGGACAACAACAAGGGCGGAGGGAGCGGCGGCCACGGCGGGCGGGACGACGCCUCGAGCUACAAAGGGGGCAGCGGCAACACCUGGAGCAACAACCCCAACCGGGACGACAGGUCCAACACCUGGACCAACGCGCCCAAGCAGCCCCGGCAGCAGCAGGGCUGGGGGGGCGGAGGCGGAGGUGGAGGCGAGGGCUGGGGCAACGGGGGCGGCGGCGGCGGCGGCGGGGCCUGGGACGGCGACAGCGACCGCUCGGGCUCCGGCUGCUGGAGUGACCCUAGCCGCGCCAACGCCAACGCCAACACCGGCGGCGGCGGCGGCGGGAACACGUGGACCGGGAGCAGCGGGGCCAACACGCAAGACCAGGGCAACCACAACCAGGGCUCCAACAGCUGGGGAGACCCCACCGGCCCCAAGCCCGCCCCUCAGGGUAGGGGCCAGGGCUGGGGAGAGCCGCAGAAGCACCACCACGGGAACCAGAGCUGGGGCGAACCGCCUCCCAAGACCUCCAACCCCUCCAACGAGUGGGGCAAGGGCCCCGAGCCCGUGGCCAGAGGAGGCCAGGGCCCCACCAAGCCCACAGGCUGGAUGGGAGGUCCCAUACCCGCGGGCUGCCAGAGGGAGAAGGAGGAGCCGGUGGCGACCUCUGGGUCCGGCUGGGAGGAGCCCUCCCCGGAGUCCAUCCGACGCAGGAUGGAGAUAGACGACGGCACCGCUGCCUGGGGGGAGCCAGGGAGGAACCCAGGCAAAUACAACGCAGGUGGACCUUCAAACACGUGGAACAAGAACAGCCAAUCAGAGCAAGAGCCCAUGUCUCAUGGCCCGCCCCCAGGACACCAGCUGCACCAAUCACAGGGGCCGAUCCAUGCCCCUCAGCCGAUGCAGACUCAAGCCCCGGAAAAGACCUCUAGUGCUGGCUGGGGCGAGUACCCCGCGCACAAGGAGCCCCCCUCGUGGGGGGAGACCCCCGCCCCAGCGCCCUCUGUGUCCGUGGACAACGGCACAUCGGCCUGGGGUAAGCCCGUGGACAGCGGCGUCGGCAAGAACGGCGGCGGCGGCGGUGGCGGCGGUGGCGCCCCCACCUGGGGGGAGGAGCACGCGCGGGACCAGCCCAGCGGCAGAGAGCCUGGCCCAGGCUGGGGGGGCGGCGGCCAGCAGCAGCAGAAGACAGGCGUGAAGCCCAUGGAGACGUGGGGAGGAGACGACCAGUCCUCCAGCUGGGACCAGGAGGAGGAGGUGGAGAUCGGCAUGUGGAGCAACACGGGCGGCCAGCAGGACAGCCGCUCCCACGACCACAACACCUGGAACUACAAGCAGAAGGGCCCCAACAAGAUGCACAAGUCGGUGAGCAAGCAGGACGAGCCGUGGAUGAAACCCUUCACCAACCAGUUCAACAACAUGAACUUUCCCAGAGACUCUCCUGACGACUCCAUGAAGCCGGGCGGCGGGGGCAUGGGGCAGGACAAGCGCAUGGACAUGGGCCCCAUGGGCGACUACAACGGCAUGAUGGGCAAGGGCCACGGCCCCCGCCACCAGCUCCAUAAGGACCCCCCCAUCGACCGGGGCCCGUACUACGACAAGAAUGUUAACCCCAUGCUAGGCGGCAGCAACCUAGCCCAGGGCCGCGGGCCCCAGCUCCCUCCCCAAACCAACCUCCGUAACCAAGUGCCUCCACCCAUCCUCCCCUCUCAGGUUCCACCCUCCCUGUUGAAGUACCCAGGGGGGACCGGAGCCCUGAACCCCCUGCUAGGACCCCAGCAGAUGGCCGUGCUCAACCAGCUGUCCCAGCUCAACCAGCUCUCCCAGCUCAACCAGAUCGGCCAGUUGCAGCGCUUCCUCCUGCAGCAGCAGCAGCAGCAACAACAACAACAGCAGCAGCAGCAACAGCAACAACAACAGCAGCAGCAACAACAGCAGCAGCAGCAGCAGAAAGCUCAGAGCCAGAGGAAUAUGUCCAUGGGACGGCAUGCUGAACAGACUCGUCCGAUUGGUUCAUCCCAGAUGAUGCAGCCCCCCCGCCACCUGGACCCUGUUCUGCUCAAACAGGCCGCGGCCCACAAGCCCUACCUGGACAACUACCUGUCCCACAACGCCCCGGAGCUGCAGAAGGACUCGGUCGCUUUGGGCUCCUUAAACAACUUCCCUUUAGCCUUGAACCCCAACCUGAAUGUAUCCCUGGACAUUGGCGGCACUGGAGGAGGGGGCUACAAGGAGCCCCCCCAGUCUAGGAUGAAGAAACUGUGGGCCACUGACCCUCUGGAGCAGAACAGCAAACCUGGUGCUAUGUCGUCUGGGCUGCGUCUGGAUGAAUCAUCCUUCUACGAUUUCCUGUCUUCUGGCCCCUCCCCACUGACUCCUCCCGGCCAAUCAAUGGGCUCGGUGGGCGACGGCUGGCCACCCCGUGCCAAUUCUCCCCCUCCCCACGGAAACACGGUCACCUGGCCCCCAGAGUUCCGGCCCGGGGAGCCCUGGAAAGGUUACCCCAACAUCGACCCCGAGACCGACCCCUACGUGACCCCCGGUAGUGUCAUCAACAACCUCUCCAUCAACACCGUCCGUGACACAGACCACCUCAGGGACAGGAACAACGGGCCAUCCUCAUCACUCAACACCACGAUGCCUUCUAACAGUGCCUGGUCCUCCAUUCGUGCCUCCAGCCAUAUCGGUUCCCUCACCAGUACAGCACAAAGCACUUCAGCCAGACCAGGCGAGUCCAAGUGGUCCCCGGGCAGCGGCGGCGGCGGCGGAGGCUCUGUGUCCAACUCUUCCCUGGCCCACGAGCUGUGGAAGGUCCCUCUGCCCUCCAAGGGCCUGUCGGUGGCGCCGCCCUCCCGGCCCCCGCCCGGCCUCACGGGGCAGAAGCCCGGCUCCGGCUCCUCGGCAUGGGACAGCUCGUCCCUGAGGCUCGGGGGCUGGGGCGCCAACGAGUCCAGGUUCACCCCCGGUUCCAGCUGGGGUGAUGGCGGCGGCGGCGGCGGCAGCAGCUCAGGAAGAACUCAAUGGCUUGUCCUCAAGAAUCUCACUCCUCAGAUCGACGGUUCCACCCUGCGCACCCUGUGCAUGCAACACGGCCCCCUGAUCACAUUCCACCUCAACCUGCCCCACGGCAACGCCGUGGUCUGCUACAGCUCCAUGGACGAGGCCGCCAAGGCGCAGAAGAGCCUGCACAUGUGUGUUCUGGGGAACACUACGAUUCUGGCCGACUUCGGCAGUGAGGAGGAAAUCAGUCGUUUCUUUGCACAAGGGCAGUCUCUGGCCGCCCCCUCCUCGGGCUGGCAGACCAUCGGCUCGUCUCAGAGCAGAAUGGAUCAGUCCCACCCCUUCCCCAGCCGCUCUCUGGAGCCCAACCAAUGGAAUGGCAGUGACCUCCACAGCUCCACCCUCUGGGGCGGGCCCAACUAUUCCACUAGCCUAUGGGGCGCUCCGAGUGGCAACGAGGGUGGGAGGAUAAGCAGCCCUUCACCAAUCAGCUCCUUCCUCCCGGUGGAUCACCUGGCAGGGGGCGGGGACUCCAUGUGAGCUGCCUGUCAAUCACACAGGCGUCGGCUCGGGGUCAGUAAAGAAAUCCUUUAAUCACGCGUAGAAUUAUUUCUUUUUUUGAAAAUCUUAAAAAAAAAAAAAGGUAGUUAAAAAACAAUGGCACUAGUUGGA